UCCUCUCUCUAGUCAGUGGAGGUUAAGAGGUACAGUACGUCCUGUGUGAGCUAACGGGUCCAGAGGUCAAGCUGUGGUGUCUGCAUUCUUUUGACAAUUCCAUUUAUAAAACAUCAAUUAUGAACAUAUGAGCAUUUGAGUGAUGUGAAGUUGUUGUGGAUAUUAUUAGCAGGGAUCCUCAAACUGCACCACAUGGGAGGACUCUUUCCCAUAUGGCAGCACCACAAAGCUAUAGAUAUGCUGACAGUGGUGCUUGAGGAACUUUUCUCGCAGCCUCUGGAGCUUUAUGGCGAUCCAGCAGCUAUACAAUCCUGAGUGUUAAGCAUCAUGAAGCAGCCUAUACAGGAGAUGUUGAAGACCAUAGAGAGAGUCUGAGCAACAUUUACACCUCUUGAACACACACACACACACACACACACACACACACACACACACACACACACACAUAUAUAUAUAUAUAUAUAUAUAUAUACACAGUAUAUAUACACACACAUUCCUCUAUACCAUCUGUUUCCAAGAGUAAUCAGGACAUUUUGGAAAUAUAUUGUUUCCUAUUCGAUUCGACACUUUUUGGUCAUUGGUAACAGAACUGUUUUUGUUUUCCAUUUUAUUUAAUCAUAGAUUACUAUUAACUGAUUCAUAACCAGCUCAAGUUUAAUAAACUAAUAAAUGUCCUGGUCACACUUUAAACUCUAUUCUUUCACGUGUUGCUCGAGCUCUCUAUAUGUAAGUAAAUAUUUAUUUCAGUGUUUGUUGUUAUUGUGUACAGAUUAAUAAGCUUUUACUUUUCUUCCUUCCUGAGAAGCUGUAUAGACAUCGCUGGAGUUCACAUACAUUUUUUUUUACAUUUAUUACACAUAUAUAUUUACCUUUUAUUAUGUAAUCAAAUAUUAGAUAUUUCAUUUUUUCAUGACGUUUAUGUUUAAUAUUUUAUUAUUAUAUUCUAUCAUAUUAUAUAGAUGCUAAUAAAUGUUUUUUUCACUCACAUUUGAGAUUUCAUUAUGAACAUUCCCUCUUCUCAAAUUAUUAGGUUCUAUGUUUUUAGAUAUCUAAUAUCUAUGUUUAUAGUGGUAUUGAGGAGGAUUAGGUGUUGUUUUAUCUCAUUAAAUAAUACAUAAAUUAUCCUACUACAAAAAGUCCAUGCUUUAUUUUUGUUAAGGUUCAGACUAAUUGUAAGGUAAAUAAAAAAUUGUUAUAGAGUCACAACAUAAAACAUGAGUACUUUUAUUUAUUUAUUUAUUUAUUUAUUUAUUUAUUUGUGUGGUUUUAUGUGUAAAGUAAUACAUACAUAAAUAAUACUUUUUAACACUUACAAUCUGUAUUUCAAGGACAGCCACAGUAGCUUAGUGUUUAGUACGUUCCCGGGGGUUGGUGGUUCUGUUCCUGCCUCUUCCCUGUGUGUGGAGUUUUCUCCCUUUGCUUCUUGGACUUCCUACUUACCCCAUUAUUCUUAAUGUGUGUGUGUAUGUGUGUGUAUGUGUGUGUGUGUGUGUGUGUGUGUGUGAGUGUGUAACACUAAGAUAAUAUAUAUCCAAAAAAUAUAAAUAAAACUAAGAUUUAAAUAGGUAUACAGUUGAAGGUGUAUUGUUGCACAAUGAGAUAUGUUGUUGUACAGAGAAAUUAUAAAUUAAGAUGGACACAAGUAGAGAGAUUUCCUGUGUCAGUCUGUGGGGCACCUUGGUUAAAUGAGUCUGCAAAUGAACAUACUCCUGUAUCUGUCCAGGACAUCAUGGAGUGGGUGGUACAUGUCCUGAAUGGCCAGUAGCUUAGAUAACAUCCUUUUUGGAAGUCUUGAUACUACAGCACCCCACAACAUCACCGGCCUUACGGAUGAGUUUGUUCAGUCUGUUGGCAUCAGCUACCUUCAGUCUUUUUCCCCAGUAUGCAAAAGCAAAAACAAUAGCACUGUCUACACAGAUUCAUAGAACGUCAUCCUGCAGAAGUUGAAGGACCUCAGCCUCCUCAGAAAUUAGAGGUGGCUCUGUUCCUUCUUGUAUAUGGCUUCUGAGUUCUUAAUCAGUCCAGUUUAUUAUUCAUGUGAACUCCUAAGUAUUUGCAAUCCUCCACCAUGUCAACCCAGUAGUGUUGGACAAAUGGUGUUAAAGGCACUAUAAAAAAAAAAAAAAAAAAAAAAAAGGUUAAAUGUAUACUGGUACAUGGUUGGAUCCUUAAAUUCCAGUUGUGAACUGAAGGGGUUCUGUGAAUGGCCUAACCAUGGACCUGAUCUCCUCUAGCACUAGCUUUCUACUUGAUGUGACUCUUUAAGUUAUAUUUUCAGUUCCCUCUGCACUUUCUUCACCUCCUCUGUCUCCCCAACAAUACCCAGCUUCUUCGCUUCUUGCUGUCCUUUGUUAUCUACAUUAUCCACGUUUGUUACCCAGGGUGAACUUGUUAUCCUUUGUUAUCCUAUUGUUUUGUUUGUUUGUUCCAAGGUGCUUGUGGUCUUAUCUAAAACGCUUAAGCUCCCGCCAGGUCACUAGGCGGCGCUGUUAAUCUCAUGUGAUUCAGAAAUAACAGAAGAAGACGUAUAUGUGUAGGGCUGUCAGAUGCAGGUAUUUAAUUCAGGGUGACAGAUUUGACAGCUGAGCAGCACAGAUGUGUUAGUAAGCUACUGUUUACAGAAUCAUGUCCAAACACAAAACCUCCAAGAAAAAGCUUAUUAUUGAAGAUGAUGAGCCAAAAGAGGACGGAGAGGAACUUAAUCCCUUUUCCUUUAAGGAAUUCAUCAGGAGCAAAAAUCAGCACCCCAACAUGACCUGUCCUGUUGAGAAAAAUCUUGAUGGUGCUUGCUCUGUGGAGGACGUAUGCAAGUAUGCCAGUGGCUUUAAACACAGCCAAAAGGGUCACUUUUUCACAGAUCCCUCACUGCUCGAGCAGUCGUUUGACUAUAAACCAGAGGACGAAUGGACUGAAAGCUACCAGCCCUCGUGCAUCGAUCAGGUGCACAAGUUAGGAAUGAAUGCUGUUCUGGAAGGCAGUGCGUACUUGGAUCACUCCCUACUGUCUUGUGAAGACGAGACGGUAAAAGAGUGGGAGCUGCAAGAGGAUUUCUCACCACAGCGUGACUUCCACAGAAGGAGCACAGGGAGCUAUGAAGGAGAUGAAGAGACCUCGGUUGUUGAUCUCACCUUCCAGCUAAGAGAAGAAAAUUCUCAGCUUCGGAAGCACAUCAGAGAACUGUUAAAAAAGUCUGAGGUUGAUUCUACAAAGAUCAGACAGCUUACAGAUGAGCUGCACAACCGAAAUUUGAAAGAAGAGAGAGAAGCUAAAGCCUUAGAGAGCAUGGUGCAGUCUGUGGAAGAAAACCUCCAACUCAUGACAAAACGAGCUGUUAAAGCUGAAAGCAGUUUGUCUAAAUUGAAACAAGAGGUCCAGCAGCUUCAGAGCCAGCUUGAUGUGUACAGAUGUGAGAAUGAGCGACUUCAUGCAGGAGAAACCGCUGCCUUGACCUCAGUGAGACAAAAUGCUCAAGUAGCCUCCAAGUACCUCAUCAAAGUUGCCCAAGAUGCUGAGACGUCCAUUAAGCAGCUGCUGACAGGAAGAGAGACCUUGUGCCUCGUAUCAGAGCUGCUGAGUUCAAUAGACAAGAUCACUGAGAUUCCAAAAUAACACCUUCUUUACUUCACCGUGUUGUGCCUUAACCACCUCUAUUAUUCCUUUAUUCCUAUUGUUCAAAAUCAGAUGCUUUGAAUUUUGCCAUCGUAAUCCGUGUUUAUCUCUGUGGCUCACGCAUACGUGCUCACCUUGACAACGCUUUUACCCAUGCUAGCUAGCAUUGUCCAACUGAAAAGGAUUGCUGAAGCUUUGGAGGCAGAAAACCAAAAGAAUUUGAGCUGCUUACUGCAUGUUACAAGACUGAAUGCAGCCACAGACCAAGUGGGACGUCACAUUGUGUACCAAGUUCUUAUUUAUAGUCUAUGGGUGAUGUCUUUCUGGUCAGUUUGUUGCUGAACAUGCCGUAAAUCUUUUUGUAGUCAUUCUCUGAAAGAGUAGUGUCAAAGAGGACACUACUGGACACUACUUUGACUGGAAUUCGUCUGUUUGGGAAGUUGAAUAGUGUAUGACAUCCAUGGUGGUUUUCUGAAGAGCUUUUUUACAACUGUGUAAACAUACCUUUACAUGUUAAACUUUUUUAAAGAUAACUGAUCUUAUGGAUGAAAGGCUCUUGUGGUGCAGGUUUUCAUUCCAAUCAAACAGCAGACAUACCUGAGUCCAUAUGUUUAAUCACUUGAUCUUGGCUUUCAGUAGACUCGAGUAUGGCUUCUGCUUGGUUGGACAGCCUGUUCAAACCAAGGAUGUGUUGGUCAUGAGUAAGGAUAUUGUUUACACAAGUCAGGCACUGAUAUUGAUCCUGGCUCACAACACGUUGGGACACUGAAGACUCAAUUUCGGGUGAAAUGACUACCCAUAAAUCACAAACAUAAAAUAUUCAAGUUUAUAUAUCAAAGAAAUUUGUUAGUUUAAUCAUGUGUUUUUGUCAUGGUGCUUCCAUAGUCUAGAUAGUGGAUUCUUUUAAGUAAUUAAACACUUACAGUUGUCAAACAGUAUUUAGUUCAAAAUCACUAAUUUAAGUGGUCAGUUAUCCUACAGUAGAGCAAUGACAAGCUAAUUACAUGUGUAGAUGAUUUUUUUUUUUCAGGCUGAAAAGCUUCAGAAAAUGUAUGGCAUCAUCUCCAGUAAGGAAUUGUAGUCAGCAUUGAGGCUCCCUAGGCUUUGCAGUGCAGCGUGGGAUUUUUUUCAGGGAACAGACGUUCCAGUGCACUAGAGGGAUUUUGACAGACAGAGCUUAAAAAGACUGACUUACUGAUCAGAGUCCUGACUACUAAAUUAGGAGCAAAUUGAGAUGCACUCAGUUGUACUUUCUCAAAAUUAAUUUCAGCUCUUGAGGUGCAUCUGUUUUCCGUGUAUCAAACAGUUUAGUCCGCUUGAAAUAGAGUUCUAACUUUAGAAAUAUCAUUGUUUUAAAUUAAUAACCAGUUAUGUUCUGUCUCCCAGGCCAUUAACAUAUGAGAGCUGUGAUUUCAUUCCAGUCCCAGAGAACACACACACAUAUCUACUCUAUAAACAUAGACAUGGUGUAAGAAAUUCAGCUUAGAAAGUAUUUUCAUUUUCAUUACUCGAAUGUGAUUAAUGUACCUUUGUGUGCAUAGCAUUGUUCAGUCACAUAGUGAUAUAGUUUAUAAGGAAUAAACUUGCUAAAUUCGUUUAUGUGUUCAGAUAGAAUUAAUAGUGAAAAGGUACAGUACUGUAAAUAAACAGUACAAUAGUCAAUUUCUGCUUUUAAGUUUUAAAAGUAAAUUCUUGCACAGGUUUCUGUGUAAAUUAGCUGCCAAUUUGUUGCAGGGUUUUCCCCCUGCUGGUCAAAUUCCACGUGAUUAUAAAAGAUAAUGACGAUAUUAUCUUUUAUAAUAAUAAGUUUUACAUUUACAA